AUGCCUGGCAUUGCUUGUAACGACAGACACGUUCUUCACAGCCGCGGAGCUGACGCCGACACCGACCCAGACCAAAGCGCCGAUCCCGACCGCGGCCUAUAUAGCAGGCGGAUCGCCGUUGCAGCUCUUCAGGCGUCAAGACUGCCCGGUCGGCACUUCUAUGUGUUCAGAUUCGCUCGAGCUGUAUGCACCGGCACGGCUCCAACGACAGCGCCCAGCGCUGCUACGGCUGUCUCAUACGUGUCGAAUGAAUACUUCCCUUUCCCGUACAUCGCAACAUCUCUCGACCGCGGCGAAUGCUCCUCGGCUGUCAGCCAGUGCUCCCGGAAUUACCAAAGCUGCGUCACCCAACUCGACGGAAACUCCGGCUUCGGCGUCACCGUUAUUGUUCCCGGGGGAGGCGGCACCACAGUCGCUGCAACCCGGCCUGACGUCGGAAGCUCGGCCACACCCAUCUGCUCCAGCCUUAGUUCUCGUGCCUGCUACGGAUUGGAGAACGACCAGUGCGCGCAAUCAACAACGGUUAAUGGCGUUGUGAUCAAUGCUGCAGCACGUCCGACGGCGGCCUGCAUAGCUGGUAUCGCUGCCGGUGUGGGAGUAGCCGUACUUGGCGCCAUGCGAUGA